UCUCCAGACCGGCUGAUCAUGGCAGAUUGUCAUAACAAUUCUGUUGGGGGAAAAGUAUAUACACCUCCCAAGGAUUUUGUGUGUCCCAUUACUAGCACUUUGUUUGAUGAUCCCGUGACACGGGGCAGACAUAUGAGCGAAAAGCGAUCCAGGAGUGGAUUGAAGGAGGGAACUCUACGUGCCCAAUUACGCGCAAGAACUUGCACAGCACUCAACUGCCUAAGACCAACUAUGUGCUCAAAAGGCUUAUUGCAAGCUGGCAAGAACAGAAUCCUAAUGCAGUGUUGAGCCAAUCGGAGAGUACAAGCCCAUUGAUUAAAGCCGGUUGGGAAGGCCAUAAUGCGUUCAACUUCUCCUGACAGUGUUAUAAUCCAAGGCGGGUUUGAGGGCGUAGUUGGCGAGUUAAGACUUGCCAUUAAGAACCUUUGUAUGUCAGAAAUUCUCAAGGAGUCCGAAAUGGCUGUUCUUCAAAUUGAGCGGUUCUGGCAGGAGGCAAAUGUGGAAUGGGAUAUUCAGAAUUUGCUCACGAAUCCUCCAGUGAUCAACGGUUUUGUGGAGGUUCUUUUCCAUUCUGUUGAUCCCAGGGUCCUGUUAGCUGCAGUUUUUCUCCUGUCUGAGCUGGGGUCAAGAGACAAUGCUGUGAUCCAGACGCUAACGCUCGUUAAUUCUGAUGUCGAACGCAUUGUGGCGCUUUUUAAAAAGGGGUUGGUGGAGGCUGUGGUGUUGAUAUAUCUGUUGAGGCAUUCGAUCCUGAACCUAAUUGAGAUGGACAUGGUGGAGUCUCUCUUACUAGUUAUCAAAAGGAAAGGCGAUGAUUUGCUUAACAUGUGUCUAAAGCCGAGAACAGCUGCAGUGGUUUUACUCGGGCUGAUUCUUGGUGGCAGUGGAGAGGGUAUUGCCUCUUCGAUUGUUAACACAGUAGUAUCUGAAAAAGCGCUUGAAACAAUUAUUAGCAGUUUGGAAUCUGAAUCAAUCGAAGAGAGGAUUGCAGCAGUUAGGAUCUUGUUGAGAUGUAUGCAGCAAUAUGGAAGGUGCAGGAACACAAUAGCUGAUCAAGGUGAGGUGGCUCCUGUUUUGGAUAGCUUUGUCGGCGCAAGUGAUGGAGAAAAAUUUGAGAUUGUUCACUUUUUCUUCGAGUUAGUUAAAUUAAACAGAAGGACAUCUAAUGAAAAAAUCCUGCAUAUCAUAAAGGAUGAAGGCCUUCUCAGCACAAUGCACACCCUUCUUAUUUAUCUGCAGACUGCCCCUCAAGAUCAGUGUCCUACUGUGGCCGGUCUACUACUUCAACUCGAUCUUCUGGCAGAGCCGAGAAAGAUGAGCAUAUACCGCGAAGAGGCAAUAGACAUGCUCAUCUCAUGUCUCAGAAAUGCGGACUUCCCUAAUGCCCAAAUUGCUGCUGCUGAGACAAUUAUGUCGCUGCAAGGGAGGUUUUCCACAUCCGGAAAGCCUCUCACCGGGGCUUUCCUUCUCAAGCGUGCCGGCCUUGACAAAAGUUACAAAAGUCGAGUACGAAUGGAUCAAUUUAGCAAUUUUUCUGGAGAUGACGAAACUCUUGUUUACUUUUCUGGUCAACAUCAAAAGGAGGAAGAGAAGGCGGCUGAUAAUUGGGAAAGAAAAAUGGCAUUUGCUUUAGCAAGCCAUGAGUUUGGUCUACUUUUCGAGGCUUUAGCAGAAGGCUUGAAGAGCAGAAACGCAGAAUUAUGUUCAGUGUGCUUCGUGUCAGCCACAUGGCUCGUACACAUGCUCAGUGUUCUUCCAGACGCAGGAAUACGGGGAGCAGCACGGGUCUUCUUGCUCAAACGUUACGUGUCGAUAUUCAAAUCUGCUAAAGAUAUUGAUGACAAAGCUCUCUCUAUGCUUGGGUUGAGCAGCUUCAUACAAGAUCCUGAGGGCAUGCAGGAUGUAACUUCUAGCAUAAAGGAUAUAGUGAAGGGCCUGAGAGAGCUUAAGAGAUUGACUCCCUUGGCAUUUCAAAUGCUAAAACUCUUCUCUAAGGGACAAGACUCUAGCGCCCAGGAACUGUGGGAUCAUAAAGAAUUAGCUCAAGUCGACUGCAAUGAGAAUGGAGAGGUUCUUUCAGUCAUUUGCUUCGACGAUAAAAUAUUUUCGGGUCACUCCGAUGGAACUAUAAAGGUAUGGACGGGUAAAGGUAGCGUUCUUCAUCUCAUCCAAGAAAUUCGAGAACAUAUGAAGGCAGUUACUAGCUUGGCAGUUUUGCAAUCGGGGGAGGUUUUAUAUAGUGGUUCACUUGAUAGAACUACAAGGGUAUGGUCUAUUAGCAAUGAAGCAAUGCACUGUGUAAAAGUACAUGAUAUGAAGGAUCAAGUUCAUAGUUUAGCCGUCACGAACAGCUUUGCUUACUUCAUUCCACAAAGUACUGGUAUUAAGCAGGUUCAUUCAUGGAACGGAAGAACCAAAUUGUUAAAUUCAAGUAACCAUGUAAAGUGCUUUGCUCUAGUACACGGAAAAUUAUAUUGUGGAUGCAAUGACAGUGGUGUUCAGGAGAUUGAUUUGGCCACGGGAACACUCAGUACCAUUCAAAAUGGCACUUGGAAACUACUCACGAAAGCAAACCCUAUCCACGUUAUUCAAGUUCACAGUGGACUUAUAUAUACAGCCAGUUCUUCCAUCGAUGGAGCAGCUGUUAAGAUAUGGAAUGCUGCAAACUUCGACAUGGUUGGAUCGCUUCCGACUACAUUGGAAGUGCGGGCGAUGGCCAUAAGCUCGGAACUAAUUUAUUUGGGAGGUAAAGGAGGAAGUGUGGAAAUAUGGGAUAGGAAUAAGCAGAACAGAAUGGACACCCUACAAACUGGUACCAAUUGUAAGGUCCUUUGCUUGGCUCUUGAUGCCAAUGAGGAAGUUUUGGUCGCUGGAACUUCUGAUGGCCGAAUUUGGGCAUGGGGGCUUAGCUAAGAACAAUACCGGGGUGAAUUUGGAUGGUAAUAUAUUUAGUUGGGAGAGCAGCUGGAUAUAAAUAUAUACAUGCGGAUAAUUUUUUAGUGAAAUUCUCUGUAAUAUUUUCAUGUUUGUAAUGCGUUUCGUUGUAGAAUUGUAUAGAAAACUGACUUCACAGAUAAAUAAGUUGAAUAUCAGAGUGCACAACGAAUAAGAUUACAAAAUAAUAAGAAA